AUGGGUGCCUGAGUUGCCAAACCAAAACGGGGAGAUGGUAAUAUAAUCUCCUUAAAUGAAUUAAACGAUUCUUCAGGGAAAGAGAUAACUGAUAUUAAUGAUCUAAGGAUUUCCCAAGGAGAUUUUGUAUUUGAGAAGAAUGGAAGGUUCAGAGAUUCCUACCAAAUAGGCCCUGCGCUUGGGUCUGGCUCAUUUGGAGAGGUCAGGAAAUGUAAAUAACAAACUAACCCAGCAGACCAGAGCUGUAAAGAUUAUCCGAAAAGAUGCUCUGCAAGGAAAUGAGAAAAUUAAGUUCUUUUAUGAAAUGGAAAUAAUGAAAAAGCUUCAUCAUCCCAACAUUUUAAGAAUUUACGAAAUCUUCCAAGAUAAUAAAAGGUAUUACUUAGUUACAGAACUUUGCUCUGGCGGUGAACUAUUCGAUGAGAUAGCGAAAUAGAACUGUAUUCAGUGAGCGAGAUGCAGCUAUUAUCAUGCAACAAGUCCUUGAGGCUAUCUCAUAUUGUCAUUCCAAAAAUGUAGUCCAUAGAGACCUAAAGCCUGAGAAUGUUCUAAUCGAUUCUAGCUCGAAGAAUACUAUAAAAGUGAUAGAUUUUGGGACUAGUCAUCAAAUGAAGCCUGACCAAAAGAUUAGUCAAGUGUUUGGAACUUCUUAUUACAUCGCUCCAGAAGUCCUGUAUUCCGAUUAUGACGAGAAAUGAGAUUGAUGGAGUAUUGGUGUCAUCAUGUAUAUUCUCCUAGGUGGAAAACCCCCAUUUGAAGGAGAGACUGACAAAGAAAUUUGAAAAAGAGUCAAAGAAGGAAAAUACUCCAUGGAUGGCUCAGAAUGGGACGAUGUGUCAGAGGAAGCUCAAGACCUCAUAAAAAGACUAAUGACCUAUGAUCCUAAAAAGAGGUAUAGCUGAGCCGAAGCAUUGAAUCAUUUAUGGUUUACUACUCAAAUAAAUGAAGAAUAUGAUACAGCAAAUACUCUAGCAGCUUUGGAAAAUCUGAAGGAAUUUAGGGCAACAAAGAAAUUACAGCAGGCAGCUAUUACUUUCAUUGUCUCCCAACUUGCCUCUAAAGAGCAAAUGGAGGAGCUUCAAAAAGCCUUUAAAGCAUUAGACAUCAGUAAGACAGGUGUCCUCUCAAGGGAAGAAUUGUUGAUCGGGUACAGACAACUCAUGGGAGAUGAAGCAGAAGAUGAAGUAGAAAGAAUCAUGCAGAUGGCAGACACUGAUAAAAGCGGAUCCAUUGAUUAUUCUGAGUGGGUUGUAGCGACUAUUAACAAAAACCAACUCCUUUCCGAUGAGAAGCUCAAGCAAGCCUUUGAUCUAUUUGAUAUCGAUGGAGGAGGCACAAUUUCUUCCUCAGAGAUCAAAGAAGUCUUGGGGAUUGGUAAAAAUUUUGACGAAAGGAUCUGGGACGAAAUAAUACAAGAGGUUGAUAUUGACGGCGAUGGAGAAAUCUCGUACGUAGAAUUUAAAUCAAUGAUGUCCAAACUUUUGACUGAGAAAAACAUAAAAUCCCAAAUCACCCAGGAGGAGGAAUCUGAAGAGGAGCUCAUACUGGAUGAGAUUGAGAAAGAACUCUAAAUUACUACCAACUUCCCUAGAUUAAUUGCAUU